AAAUAUGGUGGUUCAUCGGACGUCGGACGACCGUGUAUUUUGUUUAGUUUUCUUGUAAUUUUAACUUCCUGUGGAUUUUGACGCGAUAGAGACACAUUAAUUCUUUUUGUAAUUAUUACGUGCUGCGGUGUUUUUGUUUUUUUUUUUUGUGCUUGAUUGAUACUUACGAGAUAGGGACUCAUUCCUAUUAUUUUUAUUUAGUUUUUGUUAUUUUUUGUGCAUUGCAUAAACAAUUUUACGAGACAGAGACUCAUUUCGUAGUAUUAUUCUGAUUUUGUGUUUGUGCCUGGACAGUUUUACGAGAUACUGACUAAUUUUCUAGUUUUAAUUGUUUUAUUUGUUAUUAUUUGUGCCUGGACAAUUUUACAAGAUAUAGACUCAUUUCCUCUGUUUUGUGUGCCUACUUGUGCAUCUUUUUGUUAAAAUGUCACGGCAUACAUGCUAUGAACUUAGAAGAAAGUGUGCGAAGUGUAACAUCACUGCAAAAGAAGAUAGAAACCUGAGUUUUCACAGAUUUCCUCUACCUGGUAGAAAUACAAUAUUAAAGGCACGUGUAUGGGCUGAAUACUGUUUCCCAAUGGGAGAGUGGUCAACUGAGAAAUCACUGACAGACUUACACACACAACACAAGAUGUUAUGCAGUAAGCAUUUUGAUGAGUCCGCAUUUACUAGCAGUGCCCGGACAAGAUUAAAUAAUUAUGCCAUCCCUAUUGGAACAGAAGGCUUGAUGGUAAAGUUUCGCCAGGAGCAAUGUGCAACUGGAAGUGAAAAAGAUAAAAAUAUCCCUGUUGAAAUAUCUCAAGUACUAGUACCAACGGAACCUUCAUUUCCUGUUCAGCUACCAACCUUAGCCGAUGCAACUUCUUCACCUGUUCAGCUACCAACCAUAGCUGAUGAUCAGGGUAUAUAUGUUCUGUGAUGUCUGCUGAUGCCUGAUGCGCCAGUAUCGUGCAAUAUUUAUUUUUCAAUAUUUCUGUUUUUCGUUGUGCAUUUGUCGUCAAGUUGAGCUAAGGUUCCUUCGACUUACUACCCGUGCCGAUAAAGAAUGGGAUUAGAAAUCGCGACAGCUGUAUUCAACUCUCGCUCAUGUGCUAUAGUGUAUGAGCGAGAGUGUAGUUGUAUCCAUAAUUCUGAUCAGAAAGAAUUUUGUGUGUUUUAUACCAAAACUGAGACAGGACUGUGGUGUAGUGUCGUGUUUAAGAUAGGACUCGUUUAGGGCAUAUUGUUUUAUUACACACAUUCCUGGAUA